UUGACCUUCGUAAGGUCACCUUCUUGACAGACGACAGUAAUCGAGAAGGAUAUACCGGGUAAAGUUGAACAGCAAAUUAUCCUGCCGAAAAUAUAAUGGCUCUCAACAAACUUUCAAUUGAUAAAGUAGAUAUUAAAGGAAAGAGAGUGCUUAUGAGGGUUGAUUUUAAUGUUCCUUUGAAAGAUGGAAAAAUUACAAAUAACCAAAGAAUUGUUGCUGCAUUAGAUACAAUAAAAUAUGCUUUGCAAAAUGGAGCAAAAAGUAUUGUUCUUAUGAGCCAUUUAGGAAGACCAGAUGGCCAAAGGAAACCUAAUUGUUCUUUGAAACCUGUGGCAGAAGAAUUGAAAUCUCUAUUAAAUCAGGAAAUAAUAUUCCUUAAUGAUUGUGUUGGACAAGAAGUUGAAUCAGCUUGUGCUGAUCCAUCACCAGGUUCCAUUUUCUUAUUAGAAAAUUUACGUUAUCAUAUUGAAGAAGAAGGGAAAGGUGUUAAUGACAAAGGAGAAAAGAUUAAGGCCAAUGCAGAUGAUGUUGCAAAAUUCAGGCAAUCAUUGACAAAAUUAGGUGAUGUGUUUGUGAAUGAUGCUUUUGGAACUGCACAUAGAGCACAUAGUUCAAUGGUAGGUGUAGAGUUGCCACAAAAAGCUUCCGGAUUUUUGUUGAAAAAAGAACUUCAAUAUUUUGCAAAGGCAUUAGAAAAUCCAGAACGUCCAUUUUUAGCAAUUCUUGGAGGUGCAAAAGUAAAAGACAAAAUACAAUUGAUUGAAAAUAUGUUGGAUAAAGUUAAUGAAAUGAUAAUUGGUGGAGGAAUGGCUUUCACCUUUUUAAAAGAAUUAAAAGGAAUGAAGAUUGGUGGUUCUUUGUAUGAUGAUGAAGGAGCAAAAAUAGUUUCUAAAUUAAUGGAAAAAGCAGCAAAAAAUAAUGUGCAAAUUCAUUUGCCAGAAGAUUUUGUUACUGCUGAUAAAUUUGAUGAAAAAGCUAACACAGGUACAGCCACAGUAGAAACUGGUAUUCCUGAUGGUUGGAUGGGUUUAGAUUGUGGUCCAAAAAGUGUGGCAACAUUUAAAGCUUCAGUUGGACGAGCAAAAACAAUUGUUUGGAAUGGUCCUAUGGGUGUAUUUGAAUGGGAGAAUUUUGCCCAAGGAACGAAAGGAGUGAUGGAUGAAGUUGUUAAUGUGACAAGUAAAGGAGCUACUACUAUUAUUGGUGGAGGUGACACUGCAACAUGUUGUGCAAAAUGGAAGACAGAGGAUAAAGUUAGUCAUGUUAGUACUGGUGGUGGUGCUAGUUUAGAACUACUAGAAGGUAAGUAAUAGAUAAAAUUACUCAAAUAUAAAAUUU